AUACUGUGAAAGCUGUGAUUGGUCACCGCUUAGAAGCAUGAUUCGUCACUCCAGAGAACACGUCUCCACUGCUCUAGAGUCCAGUGCUGGCGUGCUUUACACCAUUGAAUCAACGCUUUGCAUUGCACUUGGUGAUGUAAGGCUUGGAUGCAGUUGCUUGGCCAUGGAAACCAAUUCCAUGAAGCUCUCUAAUCACUGUUGUUGUGCUAAUCUGAAGGCCACACAUUGGAGGUCUUUAGCUAUUGACUCUGCAGACAGUUGCCGGCUUCAGCAAGAGCUGACUCUGCUCUGUCAUUUUGCGUGGCCUACCACUUCAUGGCCGAGUUGCAGUUGUUCCCAGUUGCUGCCACUUUGUUAUAAUACCACUAACAGUUGACCGUGGAAUAUUUAGUAGCAAGGAAAUGUCAUAGAUGGACUUAUUGCACUGGUGGCAACCUAUCAUGGUACCACUCUUGAAUUCACUGAGCUCCUGAGAGUGACCCAUUCUUUCACAAAUGUUUGUAGAAGCAGUCUGCAU